GGGGGAGGCGGCGGAGAAAGAGUGGCUGUGGGUCCGGGAGCGGGGCGCGCUGCCGGGCGGGCGCUGAAGCGGAACGAGCCGCUGAGUCUAGGGUUGGAGGAGCGGGCGGAAGCAUCUGCUUGUGCAGCGGCCAAACGAAGGGAAGCGCCUAGCCGCCCCUCCCGAUCCCAGUCCCCGGCCGGAGCGGAUGCGCUGCAGUUAGGAGGAAGCAGCGGCGGGGCCUGGGUCAGGCGAACAUGGUGCUGGUGGGGGCGAUAAUCCUGUUCUUCUCCUUGGCGGCCGGAGGCGGAGGCCAGUAUGGAAAUCCUUUAAAUAAAUACAUUAAACAUUAUGAAGGAUUGUCGUAUGAUGUGGAUUCAUUACACCAAAAACACCAGCGUGCCAAAAGAGCGGUGUUGCAUGAAGACCAAUUUCUGCACCUAAAUUUUCAUGCACAUGGAAGGUCUGAAAUAGGAGAAAAUAAGUUACAUGUGCAAGAGAUACAGGUUAGAAUUAAAGUUAACCUGCCUACAGUUAUUUUUACAUGCCCAGGAUCUGCAAACCCAGUUGAUUCUCAUUCAGUCUGUCAUCCACACCCACUAACCCCCACUCUGCAUAGAUUCUGCAAAAAUUGAUGACACUCCCCUGGGAAAGAUUGCUACUCACCAUGGGUUGAGUGAACAAAUGGAUUUUUCAAGUGCUUUUUGAGAACAAAUGACUACAUCUGCAUAUUACUAAAUCAUAUUACAGGUACA